AUGGCUGACCGCUAUCAACAGGACUCACAUUCAGUCGACGAACUGCAAUUUUCCCCCAGAACCAAGGAUUUUCUCCUUCGGUUGCUUGAUACUCCGGAGUCUUCUGGACUGCCUGUCUUGCCAAGUCUUCGGCCUCAGCAACAGUCACCUAUCAACUUUCAUGCCAAAAAUCCAGACACCAGUCUCACUCCAUUUGCUCUCUUGACUGACCCUGCUGUCCGCUAUCAACUUCCCCGGGUUGGACCAUUGGAUUUAGGCCCCGGAGAUAGCGUGCAGACUGAUCAGGAGCGAUUCUCAGAGGACCAAGAUAGCGAUUUGUGGUCAACUACUGUCGGUGAUUCGAGCACUCUUCUCUCAGAGCUACUUGAACACCUGGAAGAGGAAGCUGCGCAGUCUCCUAAAUUCGAUACCCAGCCCACCUGGUCUCCUAUCCCAUCAGGGCCCUCUAUUCAUUAUAGCAUCCCUGAGGAAUCAGAUAGUUUUGUCGGUGAUUUGUCUGCGAUACCUAGAACUCCAGAUCGCCUUACUCCUCCACUGGAUGUGAAGACACCUGGUCACACUCUCGGCCAGUCUUACAAGCAGUUUCUUGAAGAACAUCCCCUGGAUCAGACCUGCGAUAGUGACAUUCCGGAUCUUUUGAACCAUAACGAUCCUGCUGUACACCUCAGACAUAGUUCAACUUCUUGGAAAGGCGAAGGCGGAAACGAUCAAACAGCGAUUCGCAAUCCACGGCCUACUCCAACCACUCCCCGACGCGUUAAUCAUCAAGUCCCGUCUUCAUCAUCUUUCAUCUCUCCAACUUUCUUUGGCCCGCUUCCGACUCCUUUCGCUCAUCGCGAAUUUUUAGCUACAACUCCUUCUCGCUCCCUGUCCACAUUUUCUCCUACUUCCCCGUCGCCUACUCCACAAUCCCGGCGCCUUCUGCAAAAAGGCCUGACACGCCAGUCCCGUUUUCAUCUCGGUAAGAUCUUCGGGCAUCGACGUACCUCCAGCAGACUCUAG